GUGAUUUCCGGUUCUUCACAACCCAAAUAUUGAUGAAAACAAACAAAAGUAGCAGUAGAUAGGGACUUUAUAGUCACUAUAUUAGUAAAUAGAUCGAGUAGAUCUACUAAAGUGUCACUGAAGUAAUUAAAGUUAAAGUAAAUCAAGAUUCAAGAAUUAAAAAUGAAUAUUACACAAUCUGAAGAUUCUUUUCAAAGAACAAGUUUGCAGUCGGAAAGAAAAUUGUCUUUUAAAGAAAGGAGAUCAUUUUCUGAAAGACAAAAAGAUGUUGAAUCUGUUCGUAGUGCUCAUCAAAACAAAAUACCUGUAAUAAUAGAGCGCUAUGGAAAAGAGAAAAACCUGCCCCUGUUGGACAAAUGCAAAUUUUUAAUUCCUGAUAAUCUCAACAUGAGUGAUAUUGUCAAAAUUAUAAGACGCAGGCUACAGUUGACUCCCUCUCAAGCUUUCUUUCUCCUUGUCAACAACCGGAGCAUGGUAAGCAACACAACUCCUCUUGCAGAUGUCUAUGAGAGAGAAAAAGAUGAGGACGGCUUCCUGUACAUUGUGUAUGCAUCCCAAGAAACAUUUGGUUCUUUUUGAAGUAUUUAGAAUGAAAAUUUUAAGGGAGGGGGAGUCUUAUUAAAUCAAUCCCUGAGUGUCAGAAGUAUAAAUUGUGUAUGUGUGAGACUGGUGUAAAUAUAAAUUGUUUACAGUCAGACCUUUUUACAAGCCUAGCAAAUCCUCUUAAAAAAUUGUUUACAGUCAAACUUUUUUACAAGACAUUGACCUAGCACAUAAUCUUAAAAAAAAAGUCUGCGUAAUAUUUUAUUUGAUUAAUAUCAUGUCUUGGCAUAACACACUUGCUCUUAAAAAUUACCUGUUGAGACAGGUCACAUUAUUGAUGUUCCACUGUAUCAUAAAGAGUCGAGCAAAUUAGUGCAAGUAAUGGGAACUUUUGCUCUGAAAGAAAGUUUUAAAAAAUGGUGGCAGCUAUUUGAUUGAAAGGUUUUCAUCAUUCUUGAAGUCUUUCCUAGCCUUUUUAAAAUUGUAUGCAUUCAUUUGUUAUUACAAUCUCUUGCCUGACAGGUAUGCAAAAUAGUUAAUUCAUGAAACUCUUUGUUGAAUUUAAGAUAAUUGAUUAUAUGAUGAUUGAUUUUCUUAGUGCUAUGUCUAGUCAUAAACAAUGCUGCAGUUCUGUGUAAAAUACAAUAAGCAAUCUUUGCAAUAAAGUAUUUGGUCACAUACAAUUUGACAUUUCUCAGAACUGUUUUGACAUUUUUCCUGUUGUUGUUUUUUUUUGUAUUGGGUUAAUUUAUUUUUUUUUAUUAUUAUUGGCCUCUAUGUUUAAGAAAUACUUUGAAUUGUUUCUCAUGGUACAGGUUUUAUUCUAAUUUUAAGUUGUUUUUUUGUUUUUGUUUUUUUCUAAAACAUUUCCCAAUUACUGUGUAAAGAAUGUGAGAAGUAGAGUCCUAGGCUGCGUAGAUACAUUUCAUAGACAUAUAGCUUAUCUCUCAAUCUUGGCAUUGAGUCUUAAAGAGAAACAUAAAGACUUUGUCAUGUUGAGAGAAUCCUGUUCUGGUUUAAAUAAUGUCCUGGGCUUCUGCAUAAUACAUGUGCAAUUUUGCUCUUGAGGCACACUAUGAUAUUUGUGUGUGAAUUUUUUGUAAUUAUAUAUUGUUGCUUUUUUUUUUCUUUGUAUAUUUAUUUACAUGGAUACAAAUCUACUCUUUUUGUAUUUCUGGUAGCAUUUUGUUUAUGAAGCAUAAGGAAAAGAUAAUGAAAUAAAAAGAAACUGUACUAAUAAAGAAUAAAUAAAUUAAAAUGAAAUAUUUUCAUUCUUAGACAAAAAUAUUAAGAGUCUAUUAGUUUAUGGUAGUCAUCAAACAUUGACAAUUUCCUUAUUCUAAUAUAAUGAUUUUAAAAGGGAAUGUUUAGCAAUAUCAAGUCAAGUUCUUUAGAAGACAAAUUUAAAGAAGAUAACGUGUUAAACAUUUUUUUUAACAUAAUUAUUAUUAUAUAUUGAGAGAAAUUAUUUAAUAAUUUUUUUUUAGAUUAUUAAUUUUGAAAAAAGGAAUGUAUUUAAAUUAUUUCAUUAUUCAGAAAAAGUAACCUAAAUAUUCAGUUCUUCAAAAUAUUUUCAAAUAUUUCAUCAAUCUCUUCAUUUAUUCCUUAUCUUUUCAUGUAAUUUCUUAUUUUAAAAAUUUUCUGAGAAACAUUUGUUAAAGCAUGAUGUUCACUUUUUUUCUCCUAAUUAUGCAAUUGAAUCAACAUGCUCAAAACACAUGAAACAUUAUGCAUGCACUCUGAGCUGGCACUAAACAUGACAUUAUUGUAUUCACCCUUUUUUUUUUUUUGCUCUUUACAUCAGAGUUACACUAUAAUUUGUGUUCUGGAAAUCUGUAGUCUUAAUAAAUUUACAUUAUGGUAAUAAUCUGAACAAGUCAUUCUAAAUGUUUCCAUUUCUAGUGUAACUUUAUACUUUGACAUAGUCAUUCAUUUAUUUCUCUUGCAUUGUUUUUAAUCUUCAAGCAUUGAAUUGUAUGCUGAGUGACACUGUGUUGAAAUCUCUGCUAUUUUCAUCCAAAAUCUGUGAAACUCAGAAUCGUUUUUUUUUUAAUAGAUUAAUCUUCCCACCCAGUUUUUGUUUCAAACAUUCACACAUGCACAAUAUUUUCUUUUGAAAAACCUGCUGCAAUAAUAUGAGAAUCAUUGAAUGAAAUGGCAAUUUCUUUUUUGUCAAUAGUAGACACUGCAAGUGUACACAACACUUAGUUGUAUACUCAUAACUCAUCAAACCACCAGAUGUAGCCAUCAUAUAAAAACAGAAAAGGAAGUUACUAUUUUAUAAUUGUAAUUCAAUAUUUCUUUGCAUAGUUAAUAGUUUUUACAUUUAUAUAUUAUUAUCAAACCAUUAUCAUAAUUUGAUGUUUUUUAAUUAUUCAUGGGGAAUUCUUAUCAUCUGGGUAUAUUGGAAACUCAGAAGGUUGGAAAACUGUUAUAGGGAAUUUUAUUCUCAGGGCUUCCAGCAAGCACACCCUCCCCCACCCCAAAGAAAAGUUUGAGCUGAUUUGUUACAACCAUUAAUAUAAAGUAUACGCUUUUGAUUUCCACCUUACUCUUUUAAUCUUGUAUGUUAGGGUAAAACAUUUUUAUUUAAUUCAAAUUUUGUUUUGAAGCUUGAAAACUUUGCUAGUUGACUUACAUUUCUUGUUGAACUAUGAAUCUGUCUGUGGCAUUUUAUGUCUCUAGAGAUGAUAUCUUUACUUUGCGACUUCUCAUGUGACUUAAAUCCUCGAUACACAACUGUGGUUGAACUGUGAAUGGCUUACAAUUAAAGCCUACAAUAAAAAUAUAAUUUUAAGUAUUGCGUUUUUUUGUAGUAGCAAGUAGUAACAGCCUUUUUUUUUUCUAUGAAAUUACUUCUUCUAGUAGUUCUAUUUAUAAAUUUUCAUUUUUAAUGCAGAUUCUCUUUCAAUUCUACUUAGUAAAGAUUUUUAAAAAGUACUAAAAAGUUUGUUUGCUUACUUUUUAAAACUCAAAUUAAUGUUUUGUAAAUGUAUUUUUAUUGUAUAGAGUUACAUUGUAUUUUCAUUUCUGAACAUAUUAGUAGUUUUUUUUUGUAAACUGUUGGUGUUGGAGACAUUCUACAUAUGCUCAUUCUAAAUAAAUAAUGUAAACCAGGACUUGUAUGGUUUAUAUUUAUCUUAUUAAUAAAAAGAAAACAAAUAUGACAGUAAGAAUAACAUA